GAAAAAUAUUUUAAUCAAGCUCGCCAAUUGCCGGGAAAAUGGCUGACGAAAGAGGGAAAUGUGAAUUACCACUUUCACGGGUGAGGACAAUCAUGAAAAGUUCACCUGAUGUCAGCAACAUAAAUCAGGAGGCACUCUUUUUAGCAGCAAAAGCGACGGAGAUGUUUAUACAGAGUCUGGCACAAGUGUCAUUGGAACAAAGUUCUGACAAGGGAAUGCUCAAGUAUAAUGAUCUAGCGGAGAUUGUGGAUGGCAUUGACACUUUACAGUUUUUGCAAGACAUUAUUCCAAAGAAGAUUAAAGCUAGAGAAUUUUUUGAAAUAAUGAAGAAAUGGGAAGAAGAAAAUGGAGGUGACAGUGACACAUGAUGAUUUAAUGGGAUGGAUCAUUGUGAAACAAUUGUAUAUAUUGGCGAGGAUAUUCAAGAACUUUAGCACAGCCUAUUGUGGGCUUUUUUUUUAACAGAAUAGACAAAAGAAAUGGAACAAAAUGAAUGAAACUUUCACUAUAGUGAAAAUGAUGAAAGAAUCUCCAGGAGCAGAUUUUUAUUCGAAAAAAAAAACCUGUCAAUUUGGAUUUGCUGUUACUUGACAAUUAAUACCUAGUAGUGACAAAAUAACAUAAAUUUUGUUAGAAGUGAAUUUUUUUUUUUAUAAAAGAUAUAAUUUUUAAAGCUACAUGCCUUCAGAUGAGUCAAAAUAUUUCAGUAAAAUCAAACUUGAAAAAUGUGUACCACGAUUUUAGGAAAAGCAAAAUGAUUUAAGAGUCAAGUAAUAUUUUACAUGUGACAUGCGGUUAAUGACUAAUUUUUCAGUAUUUACAACUAUAUUUCUACUGCGUUACUAACGCAGUUAGGGUUUUUAAGCAUAUUUUGACCACGAUUUGGUAAUUUACGUGGGUUGUGCCAUUGAUAAUGUGAUAAUUCCUUCCUUAUGAUUAUUUCACAAUAUUAUACAUUAAAAUACAUUUUCAAAAUGUUCAUGAAAAUAAGCAUGAAUCUGGAGGCGUGCUGCUUUAAUUGUAUUUAUUCUGUCUGAGCUGCAUGUAUGUACAUGUUGAAACAAUUCAAGAUUUAUGCAUAUAAGAUAGCCAAUGACUAUAUAAAUAUUUAUUGAUACAGAAACAAAAUGAAGUUAUUAUAACUUGUAAA